AUGUCCACUCGAAGACGGAUUGGAGUAAGCAAUGCGACAACGGAAGCUGCCCGUCGCCAGCUAAUGCAGCCAGUUCCUUGCUGGGAGAAAGCCUGGGUAACGCCAGAGGGUCAGUCCGUCAAUUCCACGUUGAAGGUGUUUAAAUGGGUCAAGACGGAUAAAAUACAACAAUUCAAUGAAGAUGACCAUGAUGCUGAUGAACCUCUGGCACCUCUGCCUGACGAACCUGAGGUCGUUGAUGGCGAUGACGAGGUUGAACAGGACGAACAGGACGAUAAGCCCAUCACUGUCGACGCGGAAGCAACGCAUAAUGGAUCAGAAGUACCGGAGGCUGUCACGCAGAGCCAGAGCACAGAACCGCCCACAAAACCUCCCUCACCCGAUCCCCAGCUGUCACUGGAACCACCGAUGACUGACGACCUAACGAUGGAUGACACCGCUGACGUUCUUGAGGCGUCGCUGAAGCCUCUCGACUCUAGCCUAGAGGACGUUGAUAAAAUGACAGUUGAACAUGAUGGAAUGGAAUUGGACAUGUCCAGCUUUGGACCAGACGGGCUGGGGUUGGAAGGUUCACACGACUUGACACAGUUGGAACCUUCGGACACCCUCAUGGGAGGACCACUGAUGGACGAUACCGUGGACCCUUUUGCGGCAGCCGAGCCUAUGGGCGAGCAGUGA